GAUCUGUCAAAUGUAUUGACCUGCCGCGUGUCAGCGCGUUUUAUUUAUGAAUUACUGUUUAAAACUGUGAUAAAUAGUUAUUCUUACGCAAUGGGGAGGAAAUCUGAUCCCGAUAGGUUCAGUGUUACAAAAGAUGGGUUGUUGCCUGGUGUAUUUUUCUCGUUGUUCGUACGAUGGUGUGUGGCAGCGUAUCCUUAUUCUGGGGCGAAGAAACCGCCGAUGUUUGGUGAUUAUGAGGCUCAGAGACACUGGCAAGAGAUAACAGUGCACACGCCUCUCGCGAAUUGGUACAGAAACACAACACAAAACGAUCUCCAGUACUGGGGACUGGACUACCCGCCGUUGACGGCGUAUCACAGUUUCCUGAUGGGUCUGGUAGCCGACUGGCUGGACCCGGAGUCCGUGCGGCUGUUCGCCUCGAGAGGUUAUGAGAGCGACACGCACAAGACCUUCAUGCGCUGGACAGUAUUCCUGAGUGAUAUUUACUUCUUUGUCACUGCUGUGCUGUGCCUUUGUAUAGAUUCUGAACGUAUAAAGCCUAAGGAACUGAAAAAUGUGUUUAAAAGGACAGAUAUAGCGACAAUUAUGUUUUUGUUGUACCCGGGCAUAAUUUUAAUAGACUAUGGACAUUUUCAGUAUAACUGUGUGUCGUUAGGGCUGUUUUUGUGGGCAGCGUUUUUUAUAGUAGCAAUAGAGAAUGACACCUUGGCUUCUAUCUUCUUUGUCUUAGCUUUGAAUUACAAACAAAUGGAACUAUACCAUUCUUUACCAUUUUUCUUCUAUUUAUUACGAAAAUGUUUCAUAGGCAUACCUAACAGAGGAAAGAUUCCAUACAUUGUAGGUAAUUUUAACAAAUUAGCUGUUGCAGUAAUUUCAACGUUUAUAAUUAUCUGGUUUCCGUUUGCAACGUCUUGGGAUAAUUUGUUUCAAGUAGUGCAUAGAAUGUUUCCACUGAAAAGAGGGGUUUUUGAAGACAAGGUGUCUAAUGUGUGGUGUUUCAUCAACGUGUUUAUAAAAUUGAAAUCUAUUUAUAGCAAUGAACAAAUGGCAAAAAUUUGUCUGAUAACAACUGCAGCUGCAGCAUUACCAUCUUGCCUCGAUUUAUUCUUUAGAAUUAGCAGAAAGAAGUUCAUUUUAUCACUGAUAAAUGUCUCGUUAGCAUUCUUCUUAUUUUCUUUCCAAGUCCACGAGAAAACAAUCCUGUUAGUUUCAAUCCCCGUUGCAAUGCAUUUUCCUGAAGAUCCGUUCAUGUGUUUCUGGUUCCUACUCAUUUCUUACUUCAGUAUGUUGCCGUUGCUACUAAAAGAUGGCCUUUUAAUACCUUUUAUCGUUACUACAGUAAUUUACACAAGCUUUUAUAGUAUUGCAUUGAAGAUAGCAGAGCCUAGUAUGGGAUUCUUAUCAUUUUUCAAUGCGAAUAGAGUUUACAGUCUCGUGAAGCCAAAGCAAAAGAGAUCUUUUCUAUUAAAACUCGUUAGUAUAAACUUUUUUAUUUCUAUUAUAGGCAUGCUAUGGCUUACCUUUGCGUCUGUUUUAUUAAAACCACCUCCAAAGUAUCCAGAUCUAUUCCCACUACUAGUCUCUGUGUAUUCUUGUUCACAUUUCCUCUUCUUUUUCUUGUAUUUCAACUAUCAACAGUUCUCGUUGCCAACUGAACUGCCAAAAGUACAAAAAGUUAAAACUAAGUAGUGUGCUAUAGAGGUUUCAACAAGUUCUAAGUCAAUUUUGCAUUUGUACAUUACUUGAAGAUAUUUGAUUUGUUAUUCAAAAAUGAAGUCAAAUGAUUUUCUUUUUAAAUCUUGCACUUAUGGUAUUCAAGUUGUAUGGUUGUCUUAGCUUUGUAAUGUAGAAAGAGAACAAAUUAUGAAGUAUUUAAAUUGAUACAAAAUGCAAUUGAAGAACAGAAAGAACAUUUUGAACCAAAGAGAAAAUUGUUUAUAAUCUUCAUUUUAAAGCCAAGUUUAGCAAAAAUGUUGUAUAUUUAAUUUAUGUUUCAACAUUCCUAAUUAAAUACUUUUUAAGCUCUUC